AUGAACCAACCUUUGCAGCCGCAGCUGAAACAGAUGAACCAGAAGCUGGAGGAUCUUUGCAGGCGUGUCCAAUAUCAGGAGUAUCUUGAGACUGCAAGGUCCUCCUCUCAGAGGCAGCAAGCCUUGCAGCAACCUUGCUUGGAGGAUCAGGUAAAGUGGCAAAGAUCCGAGAUCAAAAAGCUUCAAGAUGCUCACUCCAAACUUCAGGAGGCUCAAUCUGGCAUGACGGUGGAGAUCACAAACCUCAACCGUUGGGCAGGCCAGGUGAAUGCGCAGUUGCACCACCCGGAAGGCUCUAGGGUCAUCCAAAGGCUCCAAGCAGCCUCGGCAGAGCUGGAGGAAAAUCUCCGUGAGUAUCGAAGGAUUGACAGCAACAUCAAAGCUCACAAGGUCGAGAGCCAGCUGGGGGCUUUCAAUCCCGAGACGCUUCUGCAAUUCGUUCGAAACCAGAUAGACCAGAAGAUUGAACCCUGCAGGGACGACGUAAAGGAACUGCAAAAGCAGCUCCACAAGCUUGACGGUCUUGAGCAGCAGACUAAGAAGUGGGUGCCAGUUUCCAUGGAGUCACAACACAACGAGAUGGGGUCGAAGAUCGCUGAGAUGAUGAAGCAGCUUCAAAAAGUGGGUGGUCUGGAGGCGGAUUUGUCCCAGCACAAGGAGCAGCUUCAACGGAUCAGUGGUCUUCAGAUAAGUGUGCCACAGAAAGAGCUGGCAGGAACACUGAGAGGAGAAGUGGAACACUUAGCCACAAAGGUCGCCAAUCUGGAGAAGAGUCUUCAGAGAAGUGUUGAGACACAGAACGCCUUGGUGGCAAAGCAGGCGACUAAGCAGCAGCAAAGGACAGAUAUUCUCGAGAGAAGGAUACACACUCAAGAACAGCAGCUAGGAAGCCUGCAAGCCUCAAUGACAAAACAGACCGAGGAGCAGCCUCAGAGAGUGGAGAGCCUUGAGGCAAAAGCUUCCAUGCUGGAAGAGCAACUUCAAAAGAUCAAUGGUUUUGAGGCUGAUGCAGAAGCCCAGGGAAAGCUGCUGGAAAGGCUGAGUGCCUCAGUGGCAAGUCAGGACGCGAAGCACCUUCAAAAGAUGGAGAGUCUUCAGGCAGAUGUGACCCGGCAGGAAGAGCAGCUUCAAAAGAUCCGUGGUCUUGUGGCAAAUGCAGCAACCCAAGAAGGGCUUCAGCAGCAGCUAGAUGAGGUGAAGAAAACAGCGAGGAAACUUGCCCGAUUGUCCAAUGCUGGAAAAGAUCAGGGAAGUGCUGCAGAGAGCGUUGACCUCAAGAGCAAGUUUGAA